CACUGCACAUGAUGAGGCAGUGACACGACUUCGGCGUUGUCUUUCUCGCUGUCGUCGUGAACUUCUUGUGGGUGCUGCUGCGUCUGCGACUGUGUGUAUGGAAGCGCGACCGAGCGAGUUUCUCGGUCUCGCAUGCGUUGCCUCCAAAGCUGCGAGCGCAUUAUCGGUUGAGCUGUGGACCAGACUGGUAGUGUCUCUUCCGCGUCUACUUAGCAUAUACAUCCACACAACUCAAUGUGAUGCCACAGCGUAACAUCAUGUCAGUAUCAGGAUCAGACUGCUUGAGCAGAGGAAAUUUGUUGACGCUCUUAUUCUUACUUAUCGCACUGCUGCAAGUUGCUGUCAGUCAACCUUACCAAACGCCACAUCGCUGUUCGAAUCGUCUGGAAAACGCACUUGAGCAUAUGCGCCGCCGCAGCGCUCAAACUAAGGGCUCCUCUCGAGCGCAUUCCCGUUCCAUGUGGGAACAACCGUCGCAGACGCCGUAUCAGUUAUAUCACAGCUUCUAUGGUCAGCAAAGCGAGCCUGAGGAUGACUUCUACAAUGUGGGCGGCAGCAUGAACUAUGGGCGUGGUUAUUAUGCCAAGCACAUUCGGCGCAAUGGACGUCCAUAUCAAUUUGGUGACACAUCUGCUAGUGGAAUUAGCAACAGUGCUUUGGAGCUUGAGGAACUGCUCUCAACACACCAACAAAAGCAGCAGCAGCAACAACAACAGCCACAACAGCAACAACAAUACCAGUUUCGGCAACCACACAAAUUGGCGAUAUCGCGUGUAGAGGUUGAGGAUCUUAAAGUACGGGUGCCGCCGGCAAAAUCCUCAUCGCGCUGGGUAGAGAUUGACAAGUGCAAGUUCAGCACUGAAAACUCCACUUUGGAUACGCGUCUUAUUUUCCCAGACUUAACACUCAGUGGGAAGAUAGUUAUGCAACCCACAGGCGGCCGAUGUAAUAUGAUAUUACGAAUGAGACAUGCCGGAAUCGAGUUCCGCACUGUUCCGUUGGGCCCCGCUUCAUCGGCACCCUCGUAUGAGCAAUCGCGCAGGCUAGGGGCUGCCUCUGUUCGUACUGAUUCGCACUUUGCGGAGCCUGGUUUCAUUUCUGUAUUUGCCCAUGGUUGCCAAGGACCGAGUGGCAUUAGAUUACGGCAAAAUUCGAAACGACGGUUCGGUUACGGAGAGGGCACGCCACCACAAGUCGAACUAGGUGAACCACAAGUUUUUUUAGGUAACGCUGGCAAGUAUCACAAACCGAAAUACGAUAUUCGGCUGGAGCAAACCACCCAGAGAGAUCAGAGCUUAACCUUUGGAAGCAAUGAAGAAUUUGGCAAUUCAAAUGAAUUCUUCGAUGUGAACGGAGACAACUUUUACCGACGGCGACAGUUAGGAAAACGUCGCCGACGGCGUCGUCGCAAUGCCGACUCCUCGGAUGAAAUACAUUUCAAUGAGGACGUACUGCAUUUUGAGGAUGAACAGCUACAGCAGUUAGUUGAGCCAGAUGCCCGUGCAUUUGCUGAUAUUUUUAGUGGUAACAGUGGCAUCAACGCCAACGGCAACCACGAAGAUUUUGUGGGUGAUGCCAUGUCCAAUGAGUUGGAGAAGCUCUUUUCGAUGGGUGUGCGAGGUUUGCUUACAACUUACAUGCAGCGAGCUCUUCAGCCGGCGAUUAAGGAGACGCUCAUGGAGAAUAUGGGCUAUACGCUUAGUUACGGCUAAGACCAUGCUAUAAACUUGUUAUAUAAGUAGAAGUGUGAACAAUGUCUGAAUUAAAUAAAGCUUUAAGUACUUAAGAUCGAGAUAUCGAUC